GUCUGACCUUCCCUUGUGGAGACACGCAGCUGCCGGUCCGCGUCGAGGCUCUGUGAUGGACUAGUAAAAAAAUAAAGCCAUGUUAAUGGCAGUGAAACAGUGUGGACACUAACUCGCCAGAGGUAAAACCUGUUUCCCAGGAGUUUCGAGCCAUUCAGGAGAAAAGUGGCAAGUAAAUCUGCAGCUAUUAUGGAAUUUGGACUUGACGCGUCAGCGCUCCAGCUUUGCGCUCAAGCAAGAGGGCGAGUAUCUGGCUGCCCGACGCACCUGAGCGUGGCCAGCUAUCGCGAGCUGCUGCACCAGCUCCCUCACCCCGCACAAACAGAUCAGACCAACGGCGCCGCCCUCUAUGUUACAGCCGUCGUGGUGUUUUAUGUGGCGCUCCUGAUGGUGCUGGUGGGAGGAGGUUUGCGACGAAGAGUCGUCCGUCCUCCCACGCCUUCGGGGCGCCGCCACAUCCUUACCUACUCCCCCACCAGUCGCGUCGCCACGCCCGCGCUCGCCGACCACCACCCGCAACCCCUGGCCUCGGCCGCGCAGGUGUAAUGGCCAUCCUGCCUCCCCUUGCGUGCUAUAACUUCGACGACGCUUUCGAGCCGAAACGCCAACGACGACGCCAAAAUGGAUUACUAAUUAGGAAGACAUACUCAUUAAACAAAACACAGUAAUGAUGCAAAUAAAAGUAGUGUUGGCAAAGAUGAUUAUAAUAAUAAUGGUUAUGACAAUUAUCACUAUAAUGACAAG